UAUCUCGCAAACUAUACACCCGAUUAUUGACGCUCGCUUUUUUACUGGCAAAUACAUGACUCACCACAAAUUGUCAACAUGGAAAAUGUGAGAAACAUCUUCGAUAAUUUUAUCGUGAAUUUACAACUGGUUAUCGACCAAUUAAAAGAUGGUGAAACAGAGAGAGUAGAUACAGGACAGUUUAACCAUGUGGCAUACUGGGAGAGACUGGACAAGGUAGUAAAAGCACUUAGUGGAGAAUGCACAAAGUUCUGUAUGGCAUAUUCCAAGCCCCCACUGCCCUCCAAUCAAGACUGUGAAAGUCUGAUCACAAGAGUGCAGAAUGCCAUACUGGCCUUAGUUUCAGCUUACUAUGCCCUUCCAAAGACACAAGGGAUCACAGUGCGUAAGCGGACCAAGGAGUUUGUCUAUGGUAUAGUGGUAGCUGUUAAAGAACUAAUAGACACCAUUCGCAAUGAAGGACCUGAUGGGUCUCAGAAGCAACUGCAGUCUACUGGAGCAGUUUGGGAGAAAUGUGAAGAAUUCCAUGCACUUGCUAAGACAAACCAGCAGGCUGUCCAGGAGGUUGUGCAAGACACUAUAGGUCUUGUUAAAGAUGCCUUGGAAGAACUAGAAGAGGCAAUGCAAGAAGAAACAGAAGGCCGCUGGGGGGACAUGGAUGAUCUACUUGAGGCUGAGGGUCAAAUGGCACCUGACAAUGAAGACACUUGGACAGAUGCUGAUAAAACACUCCUGGCUCCCUGCCUUGGACUUGUAAAAGCAUCAAAAUUAACUCUUAAUAAAAUCAAUGUAGCUGUAAAGACUAAUGGUGACUGUUCAACAGAACUAAAUAUUUCUCAGUUUGAUGAUUUAGUCGAUAUCACUAAGACAAUUAGUCCAAAUGUUGAUGAUUUUGUGUCAGUGCUGUAUGCUCCUAUGCAACAUUUAACUGUCCGUUUAAACGCUGAAAAACUUGCAGUAACAAUAAAGAAUCUUCUUGAGCUAUCGAGGCACAUGCACAUAAAUAAAGAAGAUGACCAGCACUGGGUAGAGUUUCUACAAACAGCAGCUGCACAUAAUUUGGAAAAGAUUCAAGGAUUAACUGACUCUGAGGACAUUGUAUCACAUACAGAUACCAAUAUUACACUGUGAAACUAACUGACAGCACAAAACAUUUAGACAUACAAUUGUUGUACUAUUUAAUGUAUAUCUGCCUGUUUCUUCUGGCAUUUUAUGAAGAAAAUGGAAAAACAGAAGGAUUUGAUUUUUUUGUAUAUUUGUAUACAACAUGCAAUUAAUCUAUCAGACCAUCCAUUCAGUUGCCAUUUUUCAGUAAUAGAUUGUUCAAUAAAGUCUGAUAUACAAUCUUUCUUGUACAGGGUGGUCAAAAAAACUGGAAACCCUUACACUGUUUUCCUAAUAUCUUUGUCAUUUUAAGAAAUCACUUAACACAUUUGUACAUCAUUCAAUUUCCUACCAGCCUACUAUAUUUCAUGACCA